CCCGCCGCGGGGCUCGGGCAUGGCGGGUUGCAGGACCUGAGCCCUGCCCCGCGGGGAGGCAGCCUGGUGGCCGGCGAUGGGGACCGAGCGGGACUGCCGCCGCGCCUGGCCGUGAGCGCCGCGCCGCCUCCUCCUCGCCGCCGCCUCGGCCCCUCGCGAAGCGCCGGGCCGCUCGGGAACAUGGCCCUGGAGCAGCUCUGCGCGGUCCUCAAAGUGUUGUUAAUAACAAUACUUGUAGUCGAAGGGAUUGCUGUGGCCCAAAAGACCCAAGAUGGACAAAAUAUUGGAAUCAAGCAUAUUCCUGCAACCCAGUGUGGCAUUUGGGUUCGAACCAGCAAUGGAGGUCAUUUUGCUUCACCAAAUUAUCCUGACUCUUAUCCACCAAACAAGGAGUGUAUCUACAUUUUGGAAGCUGCUCCACGUCAAAGAAUAGAGUUGACCUUUGAUGAACAUUAUUAUAUAGAGCCAUCAUUUGAAUGUCGGUUUGACCACUUGGAGGUUCGAGAUGGGCCAUUUGGUUUCUCUCCACUUAUAGAUCGUUACUGUGGUGUGAAAAGCCCUCCACUAAUUAGAUCAACAGGGAGGUUCAUGUGGAUUAAGUUUAGUUCUGAUGAAGAACUUGAAGGACUGGGAUUUCGAGCAAAAUAUUCAUUUAUUCCAGAUCCAGACUUUACUUACCUAGGAGGUAUUUUAAAUCCCAUCCCAGAUUGCCAGUUUGAGCUCUCGGGAGCUGAUGGAAUAGUGCGUUCUAGUCAGGUAGAACAAGAAGAAAAAACAAAACCUGGCCAAGCAGUUGAUUGCAUAUGGACAAUUAAAGCUACUCCGAAAGCCAAGAUUUAUUUGAGGUUCCUAGAUUAUCAAAUGGAGCACUCAAAUGAAUGCAAGAGAAACUUCGUUGCAGUGUACGACGGAAGCAGUUCCAUUGAAAAUCUGAAGGCCAAGUUCUGCAGCACUGUGGCCAAUGACGUGAUGCUGAAAACAGGAGUUGGGGUGAUCCGAAUGUGGGCAGAUGAAGGAAGCCGGCUAAGCAGAUUCAGAAUGCUCUUCACUUCCUUUGUGGAGCCUCCCUGCAUGGGCAGCACUUUCUUUUGCCACAGCAACAUGUGCAUCAAUAGUUCUUUAGUCUGUAACGGUAUCCAGAACUGCGCCUACCCUUGGGAUGAGAAUCACUGCAAAGAAAAGAAGAAAGCAGGACUAUUUGAACAAGUCACUAAAACCCAUGGAACAAUUAUCGGCAUCACAUCAGGGAUUGUCUUGGUCCUUCUCAUUAUUUCUAUUUUAGUACAAGUGAAACAGCCUCGAAAAAAGGUCAUGGCUUGCAAAACCGCAUUUAAUAAAACUGGAUUUCAGGAAGUGUUUGAUCCUCCUCAUUACGAGCUGUUCUCCCUGAGGGACAAAGAGAUUUCCGCAGACCUAGCGGACUUGUCGGAAGAACUGGACAACUACCAGAAGAUGCGGCGCUCCUCCACGGCCUCGCGGUGCAUCCACGACCACCACUGUGGCUCGCAGGCGUCCAGCGUCAAACAGAGCAGGACCAACCUGAGUUCCAUGGAGCUGCCUUUCCGCAACGAUUUUGCACAACCACAGCCAAUGAAAACAUUUAACAGCACCUUCAAAAAGAGUAGCUACACUUUCAAACAGGCACAUGAAUGCCCUGAACAGGCCCUAGAAGACAGAGUAAUGGAGGAGAUCCCUUGUGAAAUUUAUGUCCGGGGACGAGAAGAUUCUGCACAAGCAUCCAUAUCCAUCGAUUUUUAAUCUUCUACUAAGGGGACUUUAAUUAUUAAGUGUGUACGUAUGCCGCCCACGGAGCACCCGUACUCUUCAGCAGCCUACCCUUUUCUCCUGUCAAGACUAGGACGACUUCAUUCCCACUAACACACUGUAACGGCGAAGCUUUCGUUGUCUCAGGCAGCCUAUGUGUUAAACCAACCGAGGGACCGACUCUAGUCCAUGAACAGAAUAAGUCACUGUUGCGCGGUGUCACACACACAGAGUACCAGCGAAAUGGCAUUUGGAGAGGCGUGCGGUGGUGCUGAGCCAGGCUCAGGCUGCCCGUUAGGCUCAGCGACAGGAAUACUGCUCUGGAUUGAUCCCACAGUCAGUUUAAAAAUAAGAUUUGUCUCUGUGUUCCUUUUGUUUUUCUUUUCUCUAAAUUUAAUUUGUUUUAUAAGUCCACGAUUUUACCAUUUUGGUUUCUUACAUAAAUAUAAAUGGUUAAUGUACCACACAUAUUUCAAUACAGGCAUUUGUUCUAGAAUUUGUCAAAAUAUAACUCGUUACUGUGCUAAGUGCCAGCAAAGACCAGAGUUCUGUUUCACCCAUCUGUUUCUUCUUCACUGCUGCCUUUUAAUUACUGGAUCCUUAGUCUUUAUUUUUUGUGACUAGUAGAUGAUAUGAUUUACCACCUUUAUCACCUUUAUCAUAUUUUGUCUUAUGCUAGAAGAUUUCAUAAUCCUAGGAUGUAUGCACCCUUGCCAGUUAUGACUAAAACCUUGAAAAAGAUGAAAACUUCUAGAAAUUAUUUGAAAUUUCCCAAAUUUGGUCACAUGCAGUGGUGGCCCAUUCAUUCCUGUGCACAGGGUCAUUUCAUUCAUUUUGGGGGAGGCCUGUAAUUAUGUUUCUUUGCUGCGUUUCUCAUCACCAGAUUUGUGUUUCCUGUUAUUUUUAAAAGAAGAUGAUUUUUCUCCCUUUGUAUUGGUUUAUGUUAUCACAUAUGGUAGCCAAGGUUGUAUGAGAGUUAAAGGGAAGUUCCUAAGAAACUGUAAGAGCCCUCAAAUUGCUUCUUACUUGGGACAAUACAUUUUUCUAGUUCUUACCAAGAAUAACAACUUCCACUUUUUUUUAAACUGCGCUUUUGACCUUAUUUUUUUUUAUGGUAUAUAAACAAUAAUUUAUAAACAUAAUAUAAAAACUCAUUGUGUUUUUUUAGACUUUUGAUAUUAUUUGAUACUGUACAAACUUUAUUAAAUCGAGAUUAAAGACCUACAUGAGAGAUUUCUUCCAGUGUUUGCACUAGUGGCUUUGUAUCCAAAUAUGCUGUGAUGGGACUACACGUUGUAACUUAUUGUAAAGACCUUGGUAAUGUGUACAUAAGCUUUUGUUUCUUUUUGGUAUUGCAUUUAGUUUAUGAUAAACUUUUCACUCGUGUGUUAUUUAUUCUAAAUCACUACACAAAUCAUAUAUUAAAAUAUACAUUGUUACAUGAUUCUUCAAUCAUGUUAUUGCACUGAGAUUUUGGAUCGUAAGGUAUAUAUGGAAAGGAAUCCAUUUAUCAAAUUAUAACUAACACAGACAUGCCAUUUAAAAGAGGUGAAUUCUCAUUUUGAUAUUUUUUGUAGCAAAUUCUCAAGUGAGAAAUUGAAGUUUCACUGAAUUUCAUUGAUUUUUUUUUUAAGAUCUCCCAUGUGCGGGUUUUCUCAGAUUAGUGAAAACUGAGACCUUUAAAUAUGAUACAUAUAAAAUACCCCUUCAGAAUGUUUCUUAUAUCACCUUUUUUAUUUUUUAAAAGUAUAUACUAUCCAAGAGAUAGGAAAACCCGUAGAUAGUAUAUUCAUGAUUUAACGUUUUUAAAAGUCAGCAUAAUUUCCUGUUUCAAAAAUAUAAUUUGGGAAGGGAGAAAGACUUAAUGAAUGUAGUAUUCAUUGAACUAAUGAGCCAGAGCCAGAUUAGAUAGAAAUUCUUUCAGGAGCUAUGUUGAACAGGCAUUCUAGUAGUUAGUAGCCAGCCAAGAUUUGAACAGCGUAGUAAAUAUUUAAUAUAACUGUGAUCUCAUUGUUCACAAUCAUGAAGGAAAACUAGCAUAUUUGCUAUGUAAAAUUAUAUCCAUUAUGAAAACAGUUGUUAAGUCCAUCUUUAACACCUACGUGAUAGUAGAAACUAAUACAGUAGGCUUAGCUCCAUGAACUAUACUCACUUGUAACUAUAUUUUUGAAAUUUGUAUCCUAUUUUCUUUUAAAAGGGCAUGAAGAGGCCUACAAAAUAGAGCCUUUAAAGAAGACAUUUAACAUUAAAACAGCACAGAAUCACAUAGCUUCAAGCAACUCCACUUAGCAAGUAAAGCUUGGACAACAAUUUUGGUUCUAAACUUUCUGGCUGCUAAAACCAAUGAAAUGGUUUUUGUUUUUCACAGUAGAGACCCAAACUUAUCUGCAGAGGCUAGUUUUCUCUUCAACUAAAGAAAGAGGAUCUUUAUAUAGAACAUUUCCUCAGAAUUUAAAAAAGAUGCAAAAUGCAGAGAGAAGUCAGUUAUCUAGUGAAGGCAACGUCUUAAUACAGUCUAGGGUCAUUGCUUUUUGAUCAGUCUUUAGAACUGGAGUGCCAGAUAAUCAAUAUUAGCUAAGCCAGCCUUAAACUGCCAUGUAUUGUAUGCCUUCAUCAAAGUAGAGACGGACGUUAGGCCUCGUUUAAACAUUUUUUAGUCAAACAUUUCUUUGGCAGUAUGCUGUGAGAAGAGAACGGAACUGUGUUUUAGCCAUUAUUACCAGCAUAAUGCUAAUUGCUGUAUUCUACAGUCUUUCAUCUUUGAGGUCAGUAAGAAAACUUUACAAAUUGUUUACUAAAGUAAAAGCCAUAAAUUUGAGUAACGGAAGAUGAACUUCAGCCAUCUUGUGGAAGUUAUUACAUCCUUCACGGAAAAUACCGAAGCCAGUUGUUCAGCACACGGCGGAAAAUGCGAAUCUGAAGGGGAGAGCAUCUCCAACCCGGGAGCUGCAGGAAGGACGCCGCUGCAAUCCUGCCGUUACCUUUCACCUGCGAUCCGGAGUUUAGCACAAGAUACCAACACUCAAGUGCCCACGAAUGGCGGGGAAACUACGAAUCCCAACAUCUAAAGUGUGUGUGAAUAAAGUGGGAUGUACCUUUUGUGGAGGGAAAUGUUCACCCUAACGGUUUAACCAAAAGCAAGAGAUUUUCCACCUUUCACAUCACAAAAGAGAUUAAAAAGGCUCCUUUACCUUCGACUUGUUAACAGCUUUUGUGUCUGUCUUUGUCACGUUUCGUGUAAUCAUUAGGCAUUAAAAGAUCUGGCUCCUAAAUGCCUGCUUCUGAACAUUUUUAUAGUUCUGUUGCUGGUGAGCGGGAUGCCUUCUGGUUUCAGGAGAGUGUCAAGUGAUGAGACAGGACAGGAAAAAAGCCUAGUUGUGGUUCCAGGCGUGAUUCUCAAAGGGGGUUAUGUCCUCUUACAAAAUGGCGUCUGCUAUGUUGUUCAUGAUAGGAGGGACCUGGAGUUUGGGGGGUUUUAAGAUCCAAGAAAGAUGAUCUGUAACAACUUCAUUAAUGAGAGUUCUGAGACCCAGAGAAGAGGAGUGAAAAGCCACAUCUCAGAACUAGUCCCAUGCCCUUGCCUUUGCUGCUUUUCCCCUGCUUUAGCUGGCUGGAAACUUAAAGGUCAGGCAAUUCUAAGCAGCAGCCCAGAUGUUCCAUGGAAGCUUGUCAGUCAUUCUGAUUUAAAACGUCAUUUAUUCUAUAAUAAUUUUUUGAAAGCAUUUUACUUUUUUUUAAUCAUUUUACACUAUUUUUCACUAUUCUACAAUUUUGUUGCCAUGAGUUCUUGGCAUCGGCAAACUGCAAGACAGUGACUGUGAAUUCUUAAUAGACAAUGUUAACAAUUCAUAGGUUUGGCACUAGAUAAAAAGAGCAUCAGUGUUUUGCUUUUGUGAUCUUUCUUAAAUCUAAAGGAAACGAUGUGUACUCUAGAAAUUAAAGAUUCGUGUGCUGUAUGUCUUGAGUUUGGAGAAUGAUUUGAGUUCUGAGCCAUGACAACAAGUUGACCUCACAUAUCUUUUUUAGGUCCCUGCAAAAUAUACCUCAACCAAUUAAAAAUUCUGAAUUUGCUUUUUUUAGUCAUUUUUUUCAUAUAUUUCUCUGAUUGGUUUAAUGACUACAAAAGCCUAAAAAGCUAAAGAUGGGUGCAUGUUUAGUAUGUACUGUCUUGAGUAACAUUUUUUUUUUUAAGAUUUUAUUUCUUUCAGAGAGAGAGGGGAGGGGCUGAGUGAAAGGGAGAGGGAGAAUCUCAAGCAAACUCUGCGCUGAGUCUGGGGCCCAACGCCGGGCUCAGUCUCACAACCCAGAGAUCAUAACCUGAGCUGAAACCUAGAGUCAGACACUUGACCGACUGAGUCACCCAGGCACCCCUUGAGUAAAUUUUUUUAAAGCAGUGAAUUUUUAGAGAUGAAUAGCCAGAUCAUGUAA